GUAACGUAUGCGCAUAUACAAAUGUGUUGUGUUUCCUACGUAGGUGCAAAUUUUACAACUUAUCUUGUGCGGUGUUUAGCCUCAUUUGUUUGCUUCCCAAUUUUUUUUUUCUUAAAUUAAUUUUUGCCUGCCAUUUUAUUCUCUCUCUUUGUGAAAUGUGAAGAUCAUCCCUUCAGCGUCAACUUGGGCGAAGUUUCAUUUGCAUAGUGAUAGAUUUCGCGGUCCCAUUUUGGCUCGCCCGAAUUGAAUUUUAGCCGCCCUGUUGAUCCGCACGCACCACCUGUGAACAUCGCAGCUGGUACCGUUCGUAAAAAUGAAUAUAGAGGACUUUCUAAAAUUCAACAACUUAAAAUUAUCCAAAGAUAAAAUAGCAAACAGCCUCCAACGCAACAAAAUCGGCAUCCUCAUAACCAAUUUGGGCAGCCCCGCGAAACCGACUUAUUGGGCGUUGUUCAAAUAUUUGGCUAAUUUCCUGGGUGACCCGCGAGUUGUCAAGCUGAAUCGCUUUUUGUGGCUGCCCGUGCUCUACAGCUACGUACUGCCCUUCCGCAGCGGAAAGUCCCUAUCCAAAUAUAAAAAUGUGUGGACAGAUGAUGGGUCCCCUCUAUGCGUGAACACGCAUAAGCAAUGCGCAGCGCUGAAGGAGCGUUUAUUUGCAAUGUACAAGGACAAAGUUACCAUUACCUACGGAAUGCGAUACGGAGAGAGGUCCAUAAAAAGAGCAUUGGAUUAUUUGAAGGAAAAAAACAUAAACAAGCUUCUAGUAGUGCCCCUAUAUCCCCAAUCAGCCGAAUGCACAGUAGCAUCCACGUUUGACUGCGUAGGUGAAAAUUUAAAAAAGUGGAAUAACAUCCCAGAGCUCAGAUUUCUCUCCGGAUACUGUCUAAAUGAAAAGUAUCUAAACAGUAUGACUGAGUGUAUUCAAAACUUUUGGAAAAUAAAUGGAAAAGGAGACAAAUUAAUCAUAUCUUACCAUUCCAUACCUACCAAAACGGUGGAGGAUGGAGACCUAUAUCCUUUUUUUUGUAUCGAGAGUACAAACCAGUUGGUUAAAAAGCUGAACCUUAAGAAGGAAGAUUAUAUUUUAGCUUUCCAGUCAAGAAUAGAAGGACAGAGAUGGAUACAACCAUGCAUCGAAAAUAUUUUAAAGCAAUUAUCUUCUGACAGGUGUAAUGUCGUCGAUGUGGUUUGUCCAUCCUUUUCCGCUGACUGCUUGGAGACAUUGGAAGAAAUUGAAAUAACCUACCGGCAGCAGUUCCUUCAGCAUGGCAAUGGACGCCUUCGAUAUAUAAGCUGCUUAAAUUAUUCCAAAGUGGGCAUUGAUUUUCUCAUGGGCAUUAUUCAGGAGAACAUGGUCGGAUGGUAG